CCUCGUCCACGCGGUGACGCCUCCUACGUCGUCAGUUCAAAUCUCGGUGCGAGCCAAUCAGAUGCGCCCAGGUCACAGGUUCCGUGUGGCGGAUGACAAGAUGGCUGCCGCUAGGAACGGAAAGAGCAGUCUCCUGGAGAAAUGGAGGAUCGAUGAGAAACCGGUGAAGAUCGAUAAAUGGGACGGAGCUGCGGUGAAGAACUCUCUGGACGACGCUGCCAAGAAGGUUCUGCUGGAGAAGUACUGCUAUGUGGAGAACUUCCAGCUGGUUGACGGGCGCCUGCUGAUCUGCACCAUCUCCUGCCUGUUCGCCAUGUUGGCUCUGGUCUGGGAUUAUCUGCACCCGUUCCCGGAGUCCCGACCCGUCAUCGCCUGCUGCGUCAUCUCGUACUUCAUCAUGAUGGGGGUCCUGACUCUCUACACCUCCUACAAAGAGAAGAACAUCUUCCUGGUGGCUCUGCAGAAGGAUCCGGCCGGGAUGGACCCGGACCACGUCUGGCAGCUGUCCUCGUCCCUCAAACGGUUCGAUGACCAGUACUCGCUCAGAGUCUCCUUCACCGACGGGAAGACCAGGGUGCCGAGGGACAGCGAGUUCACCAAGUCUGUGUCCGCGUUCUUCGAUGAGAACGGGACUCUGGUCAUGGACCAGUUUGAGAAGUCCGUCUCUAAACUCCACGACAAUCUGAGCCCCGACAAGAAGAGCAAAUAAAACCAGACCAGGACCCGGACCAGGAGCCUCAGAGGACCAGGACCAGGACCAGGACCAGAAGGAAGGAUCAGAUCUCAGUCAUCCAGGUCCUGGUUCACCUGAGACUAACUCAUCUGGACUCGUUGUGUUUCUAGAAGACGGUUCGACCUGGUCCAGGUCCAACCUCUGAGGAUACCCUGGUUCCUCCCUGGUUCCUCCCUGGGGGACCUGGGCCUGGUCCUGGAGAACCCCGUCCUCUAGAAACCCCACUGUGUCCAGAUGUUUGUCUCUUGGCUCCGACUUGAACCAGAUUCAUGAAACCAAACAGAUUUAAUAUUUGAUGUGAAUCCUCAGUGUUACAUCUGGUCCUGUUCAGUCCACGUCUACGUCCAGUGGUGUUAGCGUCAUGUUAGCGUCAUGUUAGCAUCAUGGUAGCAUCACUUAUUAGCAUCGUUAGCAUCUGUCACUGAGUCUGGAGUCACUCUCCAAACAGGAAGUGGACUGAACGUCGAUCAGACUUUUAUUUUCAAUGUUUUUUUUUUUAAUUUUUUAUUAUUAUUUUCUGUCUGAAUAAAUAAAACAGCAACAACUGA